AUGUCACCAAGCGACACCAAGACCGACAACCUCCAAGGAUUCACCGCCACCGAACUAUCAUUCCCCCCUUCUGCGGGCGAUUCCGAUGCCCACCUAGCCCACACGGACAUCCAACUAGACGGCCCAGGCGAAACGUUGGAUAGCAUCACAGCCGCCGGCAGCAUGGCAGACACGGCGACCUUCGGCGACUUUCAGUUCGCAUACCAGGAGGCGCUGCAAGGCUCGCCCAUGAACGGCCUGCCGCCUACCUUUGACGACCACACCCAAGAUGUCUUCACAACACCGCAACCACCCUCGAUAUCGCCGAUGCGCGACCCCCAGGACUCGGCGGGGGGCUCGAUCACCGUCCACCCGUCCGCCUACGCCAGUGCCAAUGGCCACCCUCACAGCCCCGACGCUUCCGACGACGGCACACCAGACAGCCACACGAACGGCUCCAACCUGCUCGACGACCCCCUAGCGGAUGAAUUCGGCCUCGCAACAAGCGGGGGCGGGGGCGGGUUAGGCGGAGAUGGGACAGACCCAGACGGGAAAAGGGGAGAAAAAUCCGAUGCAGCACCGGCAUGGAGCGAACUCAAGACGAAGGCGGGCAAAGAACGCAAGCGGCUGCCCCUGGCCUGCAUCGCCUGCCGGCGCAAGAAGAUCCGCUGCUCAGGCGAGAAACCGGCAUGCAAGCACUGCCUGCGGUCGCGGAUCCCAUGCGUGUACAAGGUCACAGCGCGGAAAGCAGCGCCGCGGACGGAUUACAUGGCCAUGCUGGACAAGCGGUUGAAGCGGAUGGAGGAGCGCAUCAUCAAGGUCGUGCCCAAGGCUGAACAGGACGCCAUGUCGGCGUCGGUGACCCGGGCCGUGGUCAAGCCUGCGAUUCCGGGGACGCUGUCGUCUGCGGGGGGCGGGAAGAAUGCCGCUGCGAAGAAGAGGGGUGCGGACGAGGCGUUUGGUGCGGAUUUGGAGCACUGGGCUCGCGCGCCGUCGAAGUCGAAAUUGGAUGGGCCGAAUAAACCGUCGACUAUUCUUGUGCAGGAGGAGGAGGAGAGUAAGCUGCUGUUGGAGGGCGGUGAUGCGUUGCCGUCUAAGGAUAUUCAGGAGCACCUGGCUGAGGUUUUUUUUGAGAACCUUUAUGGCCAAGCGUAUCAUCUGCUGCACAAACCCAGCUUUAUGAGGAAACUCAAGGCCGGCGCACUCCCACCCGUCCUCAUCCUUUCCGUGUGCGCUAUCGCAGCGCGCUUCUCGAACCACCCGAAGCUCAACACCAACCCCAACUUCCUCCGAGGGGAAGAGUGGGCGUCCACGGCGCGCGAUAUCCUGACGAAGCGAUACGAGUGGCCAAACAUCACGAUCUUGACAUGCCUGCUUAUCCUCGGUCUACACGAGUUCGGGACGUGCCACGGCGGGCGGAGCUGGUCGUUGGGCGGGCAGGCCAUCCGCAUGGCCUUUGCCCUGCAACUGCACAAGGACUUGGAGCACGACCCGCUGCGAAUACCGGGGAAAACGCAACUUAGCUUCAUCGACCGCGAGAUCCGCCGGCGGACGAUGUGGGCGUGUUUCCUGAUGGACCGAUUCAACUCGUCCGGGACGGACCGGCCGACGUUCAUCCGCGAGGAAACGCUCAAGAUCCCGCUGCCGAUCAAGGACAAGAACUUCCAGUACGACUUGCAGGGCCCCACGGAAACGCUCGACGGCCAAGUCCUGGAACCGCUCCCCGAGGGCCACGGAAGCAGUGACGCGAAGGAGAACAUGGGCGUAGCCGCGUGGAUGAUCAAGGCCAUCGCGCUGUGGGGGCGCAUCAUCAACUACCUGAGCCAGGGCGGCAAGGAACUAGAUCCGCACCCGAUGUGGAGCGCCGAGUCCGGAUACACAAAGCUGCUCAAGCAGACGGACGACUUCCUCUCCGAGCUACCCGAGUCGCUGGCGUACAACGCGGAGAACCUGAAGCUGCACGAGACGGACAACAUGGCCAACCAGUUUCUUUUCCUGCAUAUCUCGAUUCAGCAGAAUAUCCUGUUUAUGAACCGGUUUGCUGUCUCUUCGCCCAGCGGGCACGCGCUGCAGGAUGUUCCCAAAGCCUUUGUGACCAAGGCCGGGGCCAAAGCCUUUGCGGCUGCGAACCGGAUCUCGGAGCUGCUCAAGGACGCCGAGUCGCACUUUAUCACAGCACCCUUUACCGGGUACUGCGCAUUUCUGUCGAGCACCGUCCACAUCUUCGGCAUCUUCUCAGGGAACCCGGCGAUGGAAGCGACGUCGAAGCGGAACUUGGCGACCAACGUCCGGUUCCUGUCCAAGAUGCGACGGUACUGGGGCAUGUUCCACUGGAUGUCAGAGAACCUCCGGGAACAAUACCGCACCUGCGCCGACGCCGCGCGACAGGGCAACCCAGCGAGUGAGAGCGCGGCCUCGCCCAUCUUUCAAUAUGGCGACUGGUUCGACCGGUAUCCGCACGGCGUGUCACAGCACGACUUCCUCGACCCGGCCACGUACAAGAAGAAGGAAAAGGGGGAGGACGCCGUGCUCGAGCAGAAGCCGGAGCUACACACCGUGGAGGAGUUCUUCACCACGCUAUCUCCGAAGAGCGCUGAAAACGCUGCUAACUUGGCCACUAACAACAACGGGUCCUCUCGUCCAGGCCAACAACAACAAUCACAACAACCACCACACCCCACCUCAGCCCCAUCAAAACGCAAAUCCAUCGUCCGCAAAGCGAGCAUGACCUCCCGCAGCGGCGGCACCGACCACCAAGGCCUCGAACCCCUCCAAACCGACUUCGCCCGCGCCACAGCCGAACAACUCCAAGCCGUCCGCCUCCGCCAGCGCUCCUUCUCCACCAGCAACGGCACCGGCAACCCCAACACCAACGGCACCAACGCGCCCACCAGCGCCCCCAGCGCAUCCUCCUUCAACCCGCUCUCCUCAGGCGGCGCCUCAGCCUACCACGCAGCCGCCCUAUCCCCCGUCUCCCCCGUCACCUUCUCCCACUCCCACUCCGGACACCCCCACGCCUCCCCCCACCAAUCCUUCUUCCCCCCAGACCCCUUCACCAUGCCCGCCCUCGCCGCCGCGCACGGCGGUAUGUCCCGUCUCGACCGCCAACUCGUCUUCGGCGCCUACGGCGGCCACUCCCACGCCAUCGACCACCCUUCUCUCGCCGGAGCCGCCGGCACCGGCGGAUGGAACGACGGACUCAGUCCGGCGGCGGCGGCUGCUGCUGCUGCUGCUGCUGCGGCCGCUGCCCACGGCUACCCACCCCACGGCCGGCACCAUCACCCCCAUGCUGCCGCGCUUCAUAGCCACGGACCGGGAGGACACCCAGCAGACGCGGCGUUGCACGCGGCGUUUGGGGAACCGACGUCGGCGUGGUUUAUGCCGUUUAAUAUGGAGCCGCCGGAGUUGGGGCCGGAGGGGUUGGGGGUUGGUGGUGGGGGGUUGGGGGGAGGGUUGGAUGGGUUUGGGGGGAUGUUUGGGGUUGGUGGGGGGGGAGGGGGGGCGGGAGGACGGUGA